AUGUGCCGAAAGUUCAAAAAAGCACACAAUGAAGAGCGUUCGUCGAGAUCCUCACGGUCUGUUUGUUGCGCGGAAGGCGGAGGUGUAUCCAGCGCCGGUCUAAAUCUCAAAGACGUGUGUGUGUGUGGGGACUGCACAUCGACGGUGUAAAGCCGCGCUGUUUCCAGAGCCCCAAGCAGUGCACACAGCGGCAGUGGUGGUGAUGGUGGCAGUGGUGGCGGUGGACGGCCUCCUGAACCAGUCGAAAGUCGAGAGAACCUCCCACAUCCUCGAGAUCUCUCGCUCUCAAGUCGUUCCGUUCCGUCACCUCCUCUUUCACUUUUGGCUUUUCGAUCGUUUUUUUUCCCCUCAAAUGUAUCAAUUCUGAAUCGAUUGACAGGUCCACCUUGUUAGGAAGGUCACAACAGAUUACUGACUUCUAUCUAAUAAAAAAAGUUUUUAUUUUUGCAAGUGCUUGUGACGGCGGGAGAAAAAGGUCCUUUUUCUUGAAAAGUCCGAAAAGUAAAAACUCUGGUAGUUUCAAACGACUCCAAUGAUUCAUUGGCUUUUAAAGUUUUUGCUUUUCGAACUAAAUUUUUUAAAAACUUCGCUUUGUCUCAUUUAAACUUCAUUUUUUUAAAAAAAUAUGUAUUGAUUUCGAGGUUUCUGUAGCUAAAAAGGACUAAAGUUGAUCCUCAACAACGUUUGACAGAAUUUGAAAGAGCAUACGGAAAAAUAAACGUCUCAAGCUUCAAUUGCAUGUCACUUCCAACUGCCUUUUUUUAACUUGUGAAGUUAAAAAAAGAAAACGAAAAUUCGAAGCUCAGAAUCUAUUUUUUUGAAGAAGAUCAUGAGAAUUAAUUAUUUUUGGCCUAAUUUGAAGUAAAAAUCUUACUAUUCGCACUCUAGUGCCAUUUUUGGCUACAUGGAGAAAAAUUCAUCUAAAAAGCAUGAAGUAAUGGAAAAAAAGAUAAUGAUUUUUCAAUUACAGUUCUUAAUUUUUUUUUUCAAUAUCCAAGUUUUUCGAAAAUCUUUGAUUCAAAAUUAUUUGAGAAACAUCUAUUUCAUUGAACUUCCUUUAUAUGUCUUCUUUUUUCGAUUUAAACAAAAGUAGGAAAUUUUAUUUGAGUUUAACUUCAGGUCGAGUUUUUUUCUGCAGAGAAUCCAGAUUGAACUGUCAUUUCUUGAGUUUCGUGACUGCUACGAAAUGCAAACAGUUAUUUUUUUUUUCUCCUUUGAACGAAUCAAAAAUUAAAGAGUCAAAAAAAGUUGAGUCCGACGAAGCUCAAAAUUUCUCUCAAUAUAUAAAAUUUUACUUAUUUUUUUCUAAACUUCCACAUUGACAACUACAGGAAAUCAAUGAAAUCUGUUGCAGUGUUAUCUUACUUUUAAUAAAAUAAGAAAGAAAAGAAACCAAAGGCUACCUUGUUUUAUUUCCAAAAUUUAUUCAAAAGUUUUGUUAGAUCUAAAAAACAAAAUAAUUAUAUUUAUCGUAGUUAAUAAUCCUUUUAGUUACGUCCCAUCGUUCAAAGUCCCUAUCCAAAAGGUUAUCCCUCGUUGAAAGUAUACUUUCCUACGAACCACCUUCAAGAGUCAAUAUAAACAACUUUUUUUGAGCAAUUUCUCUUGGCCCCAAAGUGCAGCCAAAGUUGCAAUUGUCAAAUUUCUCUAAACGGCGUCAUUCAAAAACAUUUCCCCCGUUCGUUACCCAAACAUAGAGCUUAUUACUUCUAUUCGGAUGUUUUGAAAAUAUUUUUUACAGAUGACAGAAGAAGAAGAUCCGUACGCACUGAGCAGCAGCGAAUCCGAGGAUGAAGGACCCAAAAAACCCAUCAAAAUCGAAGGCCGAAGUGGCGACAUCAGUCAGCUGGUCUGUUUCAAAAACUUAUCGUAGCACAAAAUUUUUGGAUUUUUUUUUCGAAUCACUGUUCGAAGUAGAAAAUCGAUAAAAAAAGGUUUUUCUUAGAAUAAUUAUUUUGCAAAAAUCAAUGAUUCUCUGCUCACAUUUUUAAUUUAUAGUGGACUAUAAAUCAUAAAUAAAAAUAAGUUCUUCACUUUUUUUCAAACAAUAUUUUUUUCGAUCACUGGAUGCGGAUGAAUUCAGUUUUUAAAAAAAUAUUUAUUGAAGAAAAAUAUGUUUUUUUAAAGCGAAAAAAAUCUUUUUCGAAAAAAACAGACUUUUUGGAAAAUGUCAGUUUUUUUAAAAGUUUUUUUGAAUCGUCGAUAUAUCUAUCUGAUAAAAACCUUUGAAAAUUUUCAUAGAGGUUACGAAAUUACAAGUCUCCUGUUGUGAAAUCAUUUUUGUUAGUGAAGAUUUUUAACGAAGAAAAAAUUACGAUAAUUUGUUACAAAAUACGAAAAAGAGGUAUUUUUAGCGCGACGCCAUCACAGACGCAACGGUUUGCCUUAAAUCUUGCUUUUUGUUUAUUUUCACACCACACUUUUAUCUUUUCCUUCCCAUCACCAACCAUUUCCUCAACCUUUCAUUCGUACUUCUUCUUCUUCUUCUUCCAGCUGCAUCCCUUCCCACACUUUCAUUUUUCCAAUGCUGAAACGUUGGCCCAACCAAGAGCUAGCCGUUCAGAAGUCGGCGUUGUUCGAGAACAAGGAGAAGCUGAAAGACGAGGCUCGCGAGGAGGAGCUCGCCGCCUUGAAGCAGACCAAGGAGCUCAAAAAGAUGAAGAAGGUUGGUUUUUUUGCGGAGAAAAACUCAAGAGUUUUUUAGGAAAAUUUUCCUGUUGAGAUAUACGGUAAAUAAAUAAAUACUGUUAUAAAUGUUAAAAGAACGUUGGAAAGUUUUGAAAAAGUUAAAAAGAUCGACCAGAACAAAUUCCUCGAGGAUGUGGGCUUCGAAGGAAGAUUUUCAUAUCAUACUUAUUUAGACAUGAUGAAGGAAAUAAAUUUUGUUCGAAAUAAGAAAGAUUUAAUAUUAUGUUGAGUAUUUCUCAGUUCUCAUUUUUUUUUAUGUUCUAUUUUUCUAGGAGUUCGAAGAAGGCAAAGUCCACAACACGGAAAACGACGAGGACGACGCUCUGAAAAUCGCCCGCCUCGAGGAACGCCAGCGUCUCACGGAAAUCGGAAAAGUUGUUUCCGAUCCAGAGAAAUGUGUUCUCAAAACAAAAGCGUUCAGGAGAAAUAUUCGCAGUUCAAAACAAAAUUCGAGAAUUUGGACACGACGCUCGGCGAGAACCUGGAAGAAAGAAUGAAACGGCUGGAGAAGGAGACGAUCGGCCUCGGCAAGGAGUCGUUGGCCAGCGCGAAACAGAGGUUUCUUUUUCGCAGGAAAUAGCCAGAUUGGAAUCCUAACUGUGCAGAAAUGUUGGUUUAUAGAAUAUAUUCUGAAAAAAACAUUUUUUUGAUUUUUUUGGAUUUUUCAAAUACAAGAACCUUUUUUUGAAGUUGCUUGAUCAUUCGAGAAAGAAGCAAAAAGUAUAUUUCAUUUUACGAGAUCAUUGAUUAGCCCAGAGGCUAAAAAAAUGAGAGUCGAGUCGAAAAAAAUUCAGUGACCUCAUUUUUUUAAAGGAAUGACGUCAUCCAAUCAUUUUUUUCUAACUUUCUUCAGGAUUAUUUUUAGUAGUCAUUCAAAAAAAUGAUUUUAGUUACAACAAAUGUUUCUUUUUGUAAUUUAUCAUUCCUUCAGAUUUGAAAAAAAGGCGAAAGCGAAAAAUGUCGUCGAAAGAGAAAAAAACUGGAGAUUGAACGAAGCGCCGAUUUGAAGAAAAUGAAGGCGGCUUUCAGUAGGGUGAGUCCGUUUAUGAGAAAAAAAAUUUUUUGGAAAAAAAAUCAUGGAAACCCAGCGAAAAACGAGGUUCUUUCCAGGAUCCAACAGCCGACGAGGCGCCGAAGGAUUGCGCGGUCUGCAGCAAGACCGUCUAUCCGGUGGAGCGCGUUUUCGCCAACAAGCGGCUUUAUCACAUCAACUGUUUCAAGUGCAUCAAAUGCUCGAAGAAAUUAACGUGAGGAGUCUUGAAAUUGGAUACUUUUCAAGGUCGCACGUAGAAUGGCUCAGUGUAACCAUGGCGGUUUUAUUUCUGACUCCGAUCAAGUUUGUACAGAAAGUUUGCAAGGAAAGAGGAAAAGAAGCUCACUUCAGGUAUAGAUCUGGAACUCGUUGAAAUUUGGGUUGAAUAUUUUUUCAUGUACUGAAAAUCGAUAGUCCUUCUAGUGAUAAGUUUUUUAACUUUCAUAUUUUUUUUUCUAGAAAAAAUCAGAAAAUUAAGAAAAUUUCUCUAUUGUUUUUUCGAAGGAACUCUUUUAUAUUGAAUAGUAUCACCCAGUUUUACGGACGAGGUCGCAGCGAGAGAAACGCUAUAUCGCGGGGGAGCCGCGAGCUAUAUCGCUCGCCUCUCGGCGCAAGGUCGCUCACAUCUCGCUGCUAUGUCGCUCUUUCAAAAAAAAUUUUUUUAGCUCGAUUGGGCUUUUUCUUGAUUUGCUUUCUAUGCUUCAUACUUUUUAUUGGGUUGUACAUGAUAACAUAUCGGUCUUUAUCAACCUUCUUUACUUUUUUUAUUUAAUAUAAACAAUAUAUUUAAAUGAAAAACUUGAGAGCAUUAAAGAAAUUUUUCCAAAUAAUUGAUGAUACAUUUUCGAAUUCGAAGUAAACGGAAAAGUAUGUACAAAUCUGAAGAAGAAAAAAAUUGAUUUGAGGCGAAAGAGUGAAGCUUCAAGUAAGAAUAAAAAAAGGACAAUAUGAGGAAAAAAACAUGUGUAUCGUUUAUUUUUUUCAUAGGAAAAAUGUGACUAGAAAAAAAGAGUAGGUUCAAUAAAAAAACAGAAAAAGUAAAACCGAUUGUAAGCUCGUAGAUGAUUUUUUUAAAAAGUUCAAAUUAGAAAAAAUAAAGGAGGGAGGCUCGAAAUGAAAAAUGAAAGAAGUUUUUGAAAAAAAGAAAAAUUAAUUUAAACAAUCAGAUUGGCCCUAAGUUCCCUUAAAAAAAUGUUACUGUAAGCUUUGACUCGAUAGUUUUUCGGCAUAUCCUUCAUUUGCUGCGUCAAGAACUUUUCUAAAUGAUAAAAUCGGUUAAAAAAAGAGAAAUACUGAAAAAAAGUCCAACCUUGAAUAAGAGAAUAACUCACAGGAGUGACUGUAUCAAGACAGCAGUACGUGCUUUCUCGAAAUCAUGCCUCAUUUCUUUUUUUCCUUACCCAUCGACGCCAAAGUGCAAAUCAUAUCUUCAAGUAAAAAUGGAUAUACUGUUUCAAAAAUAGUUUACCAAGAAUCUUAUUGAUUGUAUCCAAAAGCAAAACUUCAGUGCCAUCUCCCACGGAUCUUUUUUGACUUUUAUUGAUCGAAAAAAAAAAGUUAGAUGCCAUUUUGAAGUACUAAUAACCUGAAAUUCUUGGUUAAAACAUGAAAAAAAAAAUGCGAAAAAAGAAAUUUCAAAUUCAAGAAAGGUGUGCAGUUCCGUUAAAAUAUAUACAAAAAAGCUUUUUUUUUAUCACAACUUUCUUUAAUGGGAUUUCACCCUUUUGAAACUUUCUGGAAAUAUGAUGACUGUUGAUUGUAACACCGUGGUGAAAACUUAGAAACACAGCUGAAAACGUUUCAGAAAGAUUGAGCUCUAUACGAGGAAGUUGUGAGCGAAAAAAAUAUUUUUUUCCUUUUUCUGACGGUACUGUAUGAGCGUUACAUUAGUUGUAAAAUUAACAUUUUUAGAAAUAUUAAGUGAAAAAAAUAGACAUAGAAAAAAAUCAGAGAGAAUAUAACACACGAAAAAAUAAAAACAAUUCAAGUAAAAUUUUUGAUGGCACGUAAAUAGUGACCAAUCAAUAAUCCGCGACCUCGCGCCGAUAUCGCGCCGGGAGUUUGCUAGAGCUGAGCGAGAUGGCAGCGAGAUAUGUCGCUGCUAUGUCGCGCCACUCUCGCUGCGAUAUAGUCCACGAAACUGGGUGGCGUUUUUCAGCAAAGUUAUUUUUGAUAGAACCGCUUUUAGAGGAGUUUUACGGAACAUUUGGGAACAAAACUGAAAAAUCUAUUAAUUGGCCAAAAUGUCUCGAUGCGCUUGCUUGAACCAUUCCACAUGCAACCAUGACGUGUGAAGACCGUCUGAACGAGUUGAUUGAGUUGUAAAUAAUGUGUUUUGAGGCCGACGAACUACAACUCGCACGAGGGCAAGCUGCUGUGUAAAGUGCACAUGUUGGAAGUGUUCCACCCGGAGCUCGCCAAAACGAUGGACCCCGGCAAUACUGAAGGUACUCAAGGAACUAAUUCUGCAAAAGUAGUGGAAAUCGUGAGAAACGCUCAAAGUUAUGUCGACAUUCUUCUGAAAUUACUUUGCCAUUUCUCAGAAGGUUGUAAAAUUAGAAAGGAUCGGAGAUGGAGAGUUAUUAUAGCCUUCCUACUGAAAUUUCUAAUCAACUUUCUCGAAAAAUCUUAAAAGGAAAGUCAUUUUAUUUUGCGGUUGGGAAUCUCCUGAGAAUUGGCCAGAAAACUCUUUGAUGUGCUGAAGUAAGAUUCUGAAAGUCGGAACCUUCAUUAAUUUUUGAGAAAGAAAGGCUAGAAGUUGAAGAAAACCUAAAAGCAGUUGAGAUGAGUUAUUUUGGGCUUUGAGCCUUCAUUUCUCAAAAACUAUGAACUUUUGCAGAUCAAGACUCUUAUGGUAUUUUUUUUUCUUUCAUAAAUGAGCGUUUGGGAGAAGAAAAAAACGAUUUUCCUUGUUAGGUGAAUUAGAAAACGAUUUCGUCUAAUGAUUAAACUCGCAAAAUUUCAGUUUGAGAGUUCUUAGUUGUGAAAUAAAUGUCGUAUGUCUGAAUUUGUCUAUAAAACACGAAUUCAAAAUAAUCGAAUCUCAAAAAACAUUCCCUGUCCAUCCGAUUUUUUUUUCCUUCAAAUUUACGUAAAUUCCCAAAAUUCUAUCUAACACGACUGCCUAUUCAGUAAAUUUUUUGAAAACCUGUUUACUCAGAAUCCAUGAGAAAUAGUGAACUUGAUAAACUACUCUAGCAAGGAUCCAAUCUGAAUCAAGAAGUAAAUUGUUAUGGUCGACUGAAAUAACUUGGCGCGACUAAAGGCCACUCGACGCCGCCGCGAGCCCCUCGAAGAAGUCUCCACUUGUCGAUUAGCAAAUGAGUGAUUGAGAACUCUUUUUCGGCCGGUUCCUGUUCGAUUUCUGACGGCUUUUGUUUUCAGAAGACGAACACGCGCCGGGCGGUGACGACGACGAUGACGAGUUCGCCGUGAGCAGCAAACCGAAAACCCUGGCCGGCGUCGUCAAAUGUUCGUUUUUUGGUUUUUUACCUCACUUCGAGGCCUGUAUUGAUUUUUUUGAGAACAAGAGGUGACCGGGGAACGAGAAAAAGUCUCAUUAUGGCAAAAGAAGAUCAAAAAAUAUACACUAUUCGUUACUCUUUUUCAAUUUCUUGAAUUAUUUUGUUUAAAAAAAUUAACUUGAGGUGGACAUCAGACUGAAGAAAAUUCGAAAAACUAUAUGUUUUAUAUUUUUUUAUUGCCCAGCCUUACGUCAUAGUGUAAACCAGUUUUAUAUCUUAGCUCUUCUGAAUUCUUUUCGAAUUGAAGUGAAGAAAAUAGUUCACUAUGUUUUUUGAAUGUUAGUUCAAAUCACACUCGGACACGCUUCGCACCCAACAAUAUAAAUCAAAAAGGGAACGCCGAGGUCCGAAUGAGACUUUUGGCGCAGAUUUGCGCCAUGUCGAGUGGUGUUAAUAACAACCCCGACGGUCUCGAAGGAAACAGCAUUGUUUAUGCGCAUCUUUGCCCUACUGCCCCUUUGGCCACUACGGACGGAGUAGAAGGGGAGGAGGUUGUCCAGCCAGCCGUGUGGGUGGCGUCUCUCCCUCUGAGACAAUCGCAAACCAAUCUAUACGAUCUGUUCUCACUCACACUCUGGUCGCCUCCUCCACUCAUUAUUACCUUGUGCCGAUUCCUCCUGGAUCGUGAUGGUCGUUGCAGCCGGCGCCAGCGCCGUCCACGACGAGCUGGCCCAGUUGAAGUCGUUGAAGGAGAAGAAGGGCGACUUCGAGUCGUCGAUCAAGGAUGCCGAACUCGUCGAGAAACGCACCAAGGUUGGAAUCGGUCAAAAGAGUUAUCAGACUUGAAGCAUGAAAUCUAUCUUGAAAUGGGCUUGUGAAAAGGUCAUCCAUUGGGUACAGCUCUCUGAAGAUUCUAAAAAAAAAAACAGACGCCCCCAAACUUUCAUUGUUUUGAAACUGCUUCAUUAGGCUUAAGCUUCAAAGAAUUCGUUUUCGAAAAAUCAAUUAUUCUUCAUUUUUCGACGCAGAAUCUCAGUAAGUCAGAGAUUUUUGGUCAAUUUUCAAAAAGUUUGAAACUUCGAGGAAAACAACCUCUUUCUUCACUUUUUUAAAGUCUCAUAAUUUGCGGAAUUUUUUUUGUGAGUUUAAAAGUGAAAGAGGCUGAGUGAAUAAACAUAUCAGAUUUGGAAACCUUUUGCUUAACUUUUUGAAGCGGUAAUAUCGGAAAAAAAGGGAUUUUUAAGACUGAAGCCCUAAUUUGGUCGUAGAAUUCUUUGGGAUCUUAUCAGUCUCAUUUGAUUUCGAAACAUUUUACCCUUGCAGCUGUUGGCAUACGGACUAUUGAUAGGUCUAAAGUGAAAUAAAUCGAAAGCCGCAAAAUAGAAAUAGUUUCCAUUCAUUUUUUCAAAAAAAUGGGAUUAAAAAAAUCGUUUUUUUGUAGAUUGAUCAAGAUCUCCUCCAAGCUGGAAAGGUCAAGGCGAACGCAGAGCGGUGAGCUUUUUAUAAAUUAGAAGUUUUUUUCAACAUUUUUUUCGAUAUUAACGAAAUUCUUAUGAACUUCUAUAUCCUUUUCUAGAAUUCUGAAUUGAGGUUUAUUAUUUUUUUCAAAAAGUUUCAAAUUCAGCAUAACCGUCACUAUCAUUACCAACACUGAAGACGCGAAAAGAACAUUCAAUUUUCGAAAGAAAAAUAUUUACUUGUUUUCAUUUCAAAAUCUGAGAUACAUGAUUACGGUUAUAACCUACAAUCCAUAUUUGACACAACUUGAAAAAUCUGUAUUUAGUAAUUCAUUUUUUCCGAGCAAGUAGGUUAAUUUUUUUGAUGAAAGAUGUUCAGAUUCGUCUCCGGAGCGGCUCUGGAGGACAAGAGCGACGACGACAGCGAGUCGGUCGACCGCGACCCGAACGUCAUCCGCAGCAGCCGCAAGCCGCGCAAGGAGGACCUCCACUUUGAACAGGUUCUCCGCACGUCAUCAAGUGGAUCUUCAUUGGAUGCGUUCAGGUUGGAGGCAUCAAAGACAAGUGGAAGAAGGGCGACGUCGAGACGGCGACUUCUCAUGAAGCUGCUGAACGGAAAGAGAUCGAGGCGUUGAAGGUCAGAUUUCCGGAAAUCAAGUCUGAGUGAUUUUCGUUUUGAUUUGAUACUAGAGGUCAAAUCUUGCUGUUCUUUUGCGACAUUUCUUUGAACAAUUAGUAGAAUCCGUGCAGAGAAUUGCUGAUUAACACGACACCAUUUACAGAAUUUACCUCUGCGCUUCUUAAUAUAUGAAAUGUCUUUUGAGUUUGUAUGAAACCGCCGACUUUAAUUGAUUUCCAAUAGUUCAAUCGAAUUCCCCUCGAACUUGACCAAACUAACGAAACGAACGUUGAACUCAAUUUUGAGAUUUUGAGGCCCAAUUUAUAGUAACCAAAUUCUUAUUAACAGCUUCAAUUCUGUCAAAUACUUACACCAAAAAGCUCCAUUUCUCAGAAUUUAGAAUAUAAAGAAUUUGAAAUUUGAAUCUAUUAGACUGUCUUUUUUUUGCUUCAGAUUAUAAGAAUUCUUAGACCUAAAAAUAAAUUUCCUUAGAUUUUUUGAAGGAUUCCCAUCAAUUUUCUCUCAUCGAAAAAUGGCUGAAAUUGGACUCGACUCGAAAACAGCCGUGAUUUGCUCCACCUCUGACCACAAUUCUUUGUUUGACUUUUUCCUCUCCAUGAUCAUCAUUCCUUUUUUUUCUUUUCUUCUCGAUCUUUAAUCCUUUUUCUGCUCGAAUUGGGGGUUUAAUCAAAAAAAAGAAGAAGUUUGAAACGUAACAUUGACUUUCUUUGGGAAUACUUUGGUUUAUUUAGGUGGCCUGUUUGUUUUUACCAUGAAGGAAAGUUUUUUUAACUGAGUAUUAAAAUUCAAAUUCUCAGAGACUUUAUAAAAAUAAUUGAAUCACUUCCGACUUUUUGCAGGGCGGACCAUCUGUCAAGGAUCGUUUCAAAGAGAGAAACGAAGGAGAUGAGGUCGUCGAACGGCAAUGGAACCGCAAUGAACUCGACACAUCUGGUACUUUUUUAUUUUCCUCGUUUCGUUUUCUUUUUUCUCAUCUGGUCACCUUCUCUUUGGUCACUUGUCGCGCUUUCCAAAUUAGCUUCAAUUUGGAACGUCGAAUUUGAAAGAAUUUCAACGAUUUCUCGGCGAGAAAAAGUUGAAGGUUUCACAUAUAUUCAAAUGAAAAGAUGAAAUCCGAAUUUUUAACAAUUUUUGUAAAAUAAGUGUUUCCACCCGUAGAGCGCGCUGAGCAUCCAAAGAUACUCUCUCCAUCCUUUUUUAUCAUCUAUCUUUUAAUUAGGGCUUUUUAAAGCUCACCGUGCACUCUUGUAAGGAAAAAAGUAGCUGAAAAAAGGCUUUUUUGUACCUCCAAGAAGUAUCAGAAACAAAACACGCAUACACUACCCACACAUGAAGGCACAAUUUCGGGAACUGUUAUUCUUUGCGGCGACGUCGUCUUUCGUUGCGAUCUCCGCUCUCUUAUCUUAUUUUGGCCCUUCUUCUUGUUCUGUUCGGCAAUGAUCCCCGCCCACAAACGAACUGUCACUCAAAUUGCCACGGCCGCCUGUACAGUUAUGUGGGGAACGUGGGAUGUCCAGAGUAUCGAGAAGAAAAUGUGGGACCAAAGGGCAAUUUUAGAAACAGGGAACCCGAAAUCCCUCGAAUCACUGCUUUAAUAGCCAUCACGUUUUUUUUUCAAAAUUAAUGCGUCAGCGUCGCUUUCCACUGCCUUUGCACAAUCAAAAACGUUUCAAUUGCGUUUUCACCAGUUUUUAUGAUAAAAGUGAAUAUUCUUUCGUGCAAAAUGAGCAGAUGAGAGCGACGCGAUCCGCGCCCUGUUGACCUGUGUCCGUCGGCAGUACAUCGGGUUUGAUGGUAAUUUAUUGAAGCUUUUUUAGUUUUGCGAUUAUGGAAGCUUAUAAUAUAUUAAAGUCCAGGGAGAAAAACGAAAAAAACACCUGGUUUCGAAAUUCUGAAUUAACUUUCGACAGUUCAUUGAGAACUUUUUAUGCGUUUAUAAAAACUAUGAAAAAGUUAUUUAGUUUGUAUAGAGACCAGGAUAAAAAAAUUUAUCUUUCGUUAUUUAGUUGAAACUUUGAAAUAAGAAAAAAAUUUUUUUAGAACUGGUAGGUUUGAAAAAAAGUAUUGCCGUAAAUGUUUGCUGAUCCCAACAGACCGCAAAAAAACGAAGAGAGUUUUUAUUUUUUUCAUUAAAAAAUUCAAUAAAAUUUCAGGAAGCUGUUUACAUUUUUAAAAUUAUUCUCAAGAAGGAUUUUCAGCGGCGGCCGAAGCCCGAAAAUCGUUCCUGGAGGGCCACGCCUACGAAAGCGGCGCCAACGUCGAGAAGACAGCGAGAGACCUCGACGACCUCCAAUUUUCGCGUUCGUUUCUCAUUUGUGUUCAAAAGUCGAACGACUCAUUCCGCAGACCUGAAAGGCUUCAAAGAAAAGUUCGAGAAGGGCGAGGAAGAGUCGACGAACGUGGCCAAGACGGCGGUGGAAGUGGGCGAGGUUCAGCUCGGCAAUAUCAAGGCUACUUUCGAGAAGGUUCCUUUCAUUUUGAAUAUUGUAGGGCUUAAUGGAGAAGAUAUAUAUCACCUUGAUACGUGAGGGGAAAAAAUGAAGCCGUUCACAGAGUCAUAUUUUAGGCACUAAUCGUUAGUCUAUUUGUUGCGGGGAUUGAAAGCACGAAAUAUGUGUUCCGUGGAGCGUCGUUGUUGAACCAAUAUUUUUCCCUUUUCAUCGUUAAAAAGUUACGGUUACUGAUUUUUAGAAUUCUUGAAAAUCGACCCUAACAUUCAUGUAAAGUUGGAAAAUGUUUUUGGAAAAACUAUAGAGAGAUUAUUAAAGAAAGAAUGAAGAAGAAAUAUAUUCAAUUAAUCUUGGAGCAUUAAUUUUAUAAAAAUUUGAAGAAGUUAUUUGAAGACGCAAAAUUAUUGAGAAAAAUAAAAAGAUUCUUUUUUUGAUGAGACCGUAAGUAGGCAUGUUGCUCAGAUGCCUUUUUUCAAUAUUUUCUGACAAAAAAGAGAGUUGAUAGAUAUAAAUAGGAUUUUCCACUUUUUUGAAAAACAUUCAGAACCUCUCUAUAAUCAAGAGCCAAGUCGAUUGAAAAAAAAGAUUUAUGGACUCCAGCUGUUGAUUUUUUUUUUUCUGAAUUUCGCAAGAGAGCUUGGCGAAUGUGUCACCAAUCGGCAGUAAUGGUCGAGGGCUUGUGUAGGAGUUGUUUUUCAUCCCGGCCGAUGGCUCCACAGCUGACGCCGCUUUUCCUGACACCCAACUGACCCUUUGCCGUUCGGCCAACUUGAAAACAAAGACUAAACAGGGGACUUUUUGUUGAUAUCUGACUUUGAUUAAAGUUUUUUUUGAGAUUCGUGGGAAGUUUUGGCUGAGUUUUAGGUUUGAGGCCUGUAAAUGAGUUUACAACGCCGAAAUGUGUUUUUACAACUUUUUCAGGUUUUUUUGACUGCCGAAAAUUUUUAUCAUAUUCAGAGUCGAAAAUAGGUUACAAAACUAUCCACAAAGUAAAAUAUCAUAAUUAUAAAGAACUACCGGUUCCAAUUUUUAGAGCUCAAAAAAAGUUAUAAAUGUCUUUUAGAAGAAAAAAAAAACUAAAAGUACAACUUUUUAAAAGCAUAAUUCUAGGGUGAAGGAGAAGAGAUGAGUGCGGAGGAAAGAGCGGCGUUGAAGAAGCGAGAAAUCGAGGCCGAAUUCCAGCGAUACAAGCUCGCGAGAAGAGCUGCCGCGGAAAGAAACGCUGUUUGAAUUUAAAAUCGGAUCAUUGUCUGGAUUCUGACGUUUGAAGGAAGAAGAAGACGUGAAGGUUGAAGCGGGCGGCAACGCCGACGUUGGCUCGAUCAAGGAUCGCUUCGACCGCGGCGACGCCUUCAAGGCCCAGACAGCUGAUGGUUUUCCUCGUUCAAAGAUCUGCUCACUCCAUUCCGUUGCAGAGAAGCAGAUCGACGUCGAACUCAAGAUGGCGGGCAAAGCGCGCGAGAAGUUCCGACAGAUUGACGCCUCUGGAGCUGCUCCAGUCGCUCCAGGACUGAAGAAGACCGAGCCGAGCAAGUGGGACAAGAAGGACGACAAACCGGUCGCCGAGGUCAUCAACAAGCGAGUUCAACAAGGUUUCUCAUUAUCUUCUGUGUCACUCAUUUCCAACUUUGUGUGUCUCCGAAGCUGAAUUUUUUUUAUAAAUUAAAGAAUUACUAAUGAGUAGUUGUUGUUUGAAAUUUCAAUUCAAGACCUUUUUUAAAGGUGAUAAAAGGAAUUUAAAUUUUUCCGUUGAAGUUUACUCCCAAUUUUUUUACUAUUCUGAAGAAUUAGAAUUGCUUUGAGUCUGUUAGAUACAACUUUUUCAACUUAUUCCCAUUUCACUUUCCCAGAUGACGUCGAGGAAGAAGGCGAAGACGCGUUCGACGUCAAGAACUUGAUGAACAAGUUCAAGAGCAUCGGGGAGACGACCGCUGUGAAGACGUCGAGGUUGAAUAGAAGGAAGAAACUGAAAAUAUUCUGGAGGUUCAGCGAACAUCGCGCCGAGCUCGAAGCUUUGAAGUCGGAAGCCAAGAACUUCAAGGCCAAGUUCGAAAAUGCGGGCGAAGACGACGACGCGACGGUGGCUGAAGAGCGACGGCGUCAGCGCGAAGAGGAGUUCGAAGCCUUGAAAAGUGAGUUUCGAUUCCAUUUUUUACGUCUUCAUAAGAACUUGAUGGGAGCAAUCAAUCUUUUGGUUCGACAGAAUUAUGGUUCAUGCGAUGGACAGAAAUGUGACUUGCAUGAAAUUUGUAGAAAGUCGCACAUUUUACUAAAAUUGAAUAUGUCUUAGUGUUGUUUCGGCGAGAAAUCGGAAUUAUUUCAAAAAAAUAUUUUUUUAGAAUAGCCACUCCUCUGAACUUGAGAGGCGCCCAAUGAGAAUUGGAGUAAGAUCUGGUCUUAGGAAGAAGCUUAACAAAGCGUAGAUUAGGGUAAUUACAGAUCGAUUCUACUUUCAGGCUGUAUGAUUUGAAGUGGCUUCUCAUGGAAUCCAUAUCCGCUUAUAAGCUUCAACUUCCUUGAAAAUUCAUUUUUCAGGAGAACGAGAAGAGGCCCAGCGGAAGCUCGAAGAAGAACGGCUCGCCGAGGCUGAAGCUUCUCAACGCGUCGAACAACGAGACGAAGACGUCGCCAUCAAGGUGACGUCACCGAUGAAUCAAGAACUGAUCGCGUUUUUCCCAGGCGGAUCACGCAUCCAAGAUGACGGCCAAAUGGGAGAAGAUCCAGGCGAAGGAGGCCAAAAAAGCGGAAAAAGGCCGGAUGCCCGAGAAGAAGUCUGGCGCGGUGAGUCGACCUCUUCUUCUUCUACUUACUGCGCUUCUUCUUCUUUCCCUUUCUGCCUUUUUUUUUCACAGCGUGCGGCUUUCGGGCGGGUCCCUUAGGUAAUUAAGUUUUAUUUCAUCAUAUUUUGUUCUGCGACUCAGCUUCUACCUGAAAUCGAGUCUGUGUCAUAAUAGGCAAAUACUCAAAAUGUUAUAAUAAAUUUUCCUGGCUUGAAAAUUCGUAGUCGCAACGGAAAGAGUUGUAGCGUCGCGGUUUGAACCUAGAACAACCUCUGCUUUGGAAUUUUUAGUCUUUUUCAAUAUGCCUAAGUAUGUAAGCCGCUUCGAGUCGGGUGCAUUUUAUAGCAAUUUUUUGUAUGAAGUCGUUCCACUUAGGGCCAUGGUCUUUCAAGUUUUGGUCAGUUCAGAAAGACUAAUUUUGAUUAAGUUCCAUGUAACUCUGUAAAUUUGAGCCUAUCGAAUAGUGUUUGCUCAUUGAAUCCACUAGUUUCUUAAGUAGCCUUUUAAAAGAGUUAACUGUAACUUUAGUCUUGAAAUUAUCAGAACACUUAUUCAAUGGGAUGUUUUAUUCGAUUUUGAACGAAUAAUUUUCAAGAAUUUUUUGAGAGAUCCUCGCUCGAAGCCGCUCAAAAUCACUGCUUUUUACUAAUUCAAACUUUACCUAUUCUUACUGAUUUUAGAGCUUCUGUCGGACCUCCUAAGGCGUGUCCAAAAGCAAGACAAAAAAACCUUAUUUAUUAAUUUAUUAAUAUUUUUCCACUGUCCCUGUUUCUUUUUCCAAUUUCCCUGUCUCUACAUCUUUUCUGCCUCUCAUAAUGUCUAACAAAAACCUUUUCUCUCCUUGAAGAGGAGAACCAUCUUCAAGAAAUGACGUCAUUUUUCAGGGUAAUUAAAAAAGAAUGGCAGUGAACUCUCUCGUCCCUAACACAAACACACACACUGAAACUCGCUGAAAUGAAAAAAAAAGUUGUUAUCUGUAUCUUUUUGCCCCCGAUUGAUUUAUUGAUUUUCUGAAUCGAUCUAAUCGAUAUUCCUUGUCCAAUCCGUCACCAGUGCUUUAUUUAUUGAUUUCUUUUUUUCUUUUUUUACGUCGUCAGUUUCUAUACUUGUCAAACGCGAUUCUUGCGAUAAAGCAUCUUGUAAAAAUGGAAAAAUAAGCAAAGCAAAGUAGAAACAAGCUUUUGCUGUGAUUCUUAUCUAAAACUAACCCGAGUGACUGACGUGAGCUAACAUUAGGAAUAUUUUCAUGAGGAAUACUUUUUUCGAUAUUAGAGUCGAGUUUCGCUUUUUAUUUCGAUUUCACUUUGACGAUCGUAUUAUGAGCAAUAAGAAGAAAAUUUCUGAAUUUUUUUUUCCGAAAUAUCCCUUUUUAGAACUGCCUUCAUGAUUUUGAGAUGAGAUUCGAACAUGACUAAGAAAUUAAAAUCUUUUUUGAUUUCUCGACCGCUUCUCUUCCUUUCUUUCUUUCUCCUAACUCCUAACCCCAAUUGCAGUUAUUUCUGACUAAUCUGUUUGAAAUGAAUAACCAGCCCGCCGUGUGUUGCAGAAAUUCAGUCUGCCGCCGCCGGAGAAGUGCUCGAUCUGUGCGAAGAGCGUCUACCGCGCCGAGCAGUUCCAGUGCUUCGGCGACCUCUACCACAUCAAUUGCUUCCGAUGCGUCGAAUGCCGACAAGCCUUGAGGUUUCCAUUUCUUUUUUUCUUCCUUUCAACCGUUUGAAUUUGAACUUGUCAUGAGAAACUUCUGGGAAGCCGGCACGAAGUCGACAGAAAAAAUUAUUGUUUUAAUUGAGCUCAUUCCAUUACUUCUUUGAAGUAGAACACGGUUCAAAAAACAUAUUCUUUCCGAGGGUAAAUAUCACUUCCUUAUGAUGUCCCGGAGCUCGAGAUGAAGCCCAGUGUUAAAUAAAAUCUUUGGCUAAUAUUAUUUUUCACCUAGGGGUUAAGACUGAUUAAAAGUUGGUAGAGAUGCCAUUUUACGCACUAAAAAUGAUGCUCUAGCUCUUAAAAUUUUCUUUCUGAAAAGAUGUGGCUAAUAACUUUCUACUGUGAGACUUGGUUACUUAGUAGUCGCUCAUAGUUCUUUUGGUAUGAUUGGCAGUGAAGUCGUUCAAGUUUUUUGGCAUCUUUGGGGCGUCAUAACAUGUGAAUGACUGAACGUAACUUCUUUUAAGCUUUUUCCUCCAAAAUUUAAUUAAAAGUUUUCUCAGUAAGAGAUUAUACGACUAGCUCCCAAUUUUUUGAAAUAUUUUCCUUCCCAGCUAUUUUUCAGCUAGUUUGGAUACCUCUUGAUCUCGUUUGUUCACCAAAAGUUGGGAUAAAGUUGAAUUUUCAAUCGAAUUUUGAAAGCCAUCAUACUUCUUGAGUGACUCCUGAUCUCAUUGCAGAGUUGAGCGAGUUCACCGCUCCAAAGAAGGUCAACUCUACUGCCGCGUUCACUUCAAACUGCUUGAAGAACGGCGUGGAUCUCUCAUCGAGGAGAACAACAACGUCGAGGAGAAAGUUUAG